GCAUUUUUGCUAUAUUUUAUGCAUAUUGUUUUAAAUAUUUAAACAUGUGUUAUUUUAUGUAUUUUUAUAUAAAUAUAAAGACAACUCACAUAUUUAGUAAUAUUUAAUAACAUUUAAUAACAUUUUGGCGAGAUAGCUAUUUUCUGGUUGGUUCCCGUUCAGUAACCAAGAUCAAAAAUAUUUCUAUUAACUUGUUAUAAAAAAAAAUAUCUGGAAAAAGUGGCAGGCCAUACCAAGAAUAAUUUAUAUGCUUGAUGUAUAAUUCCAUUAACACUUUCUUUCAGUUUCAUUGCUGUUUUGAUUAAAUUAUAAAACAUGUAUAUAUUUGAUAAUACAAACAAUAUCUUCUGUUUUGAGUGAGGCAAUAAUAUAAUGGUUAUUGCAUGUUACAUGUAACAUGUAACCAACCACUUACAAUCCUUGACAGUUUGCAAAAUCAAUCAGAUCAUAAUAAAUUCUAGUUUAGUAAUAGUUUUAUCAAAAUAAUGAUUCUGUCGUUUUCUUCCCUCUUUGUAGUAAAAACUAAAUUAGCCAGUCUCAACCAAAUUCGCCUAUUAAAACCCUAGCACUUUCUCCAUAUUCUUCACACAAAACAUCACAAGCUUUGUAAAGAGAGAGAGUGUUUAGUUUUUCUUAUAACUUAUAUAUUACAAAACCCUUAGAACCCCCACUCAUAUACUCAUCAAUGGCUUAUUCUAAGAUUGCUCUCCUCCUCAUUUUGAAUGUUAUUUUCUUCACCUUGGUCAGCUCGAAUCCAGUCCCUUACCGCAAACCCACUUGUAAAAAUGCUCUUAAAUUCAAGGUGUGUGCCAAUGUGUUGGAUUUGGUUAACGUUUCUCUACCAACAAGAUCCAAAUGUUGCGGACUUAUCAAAGGUCUAGUUGAUCUCGAAGCCGCAGUUUGUCUCUGCACCGCCUUAAAAGCUGAUCUCCUUGGCCUCAAACUAAAUGUUCCCAUUUCAUUGAGUGUUAUCUUAAACCACUGUGGUAAGAAGGUUCCAUCUGGUUUCAAAUGUGCCUAGUGGUUGCGCAGUUUUAAACUGAGACUCUAAACCUUUACUUCAAAAGUUCAUUUCUUGUUUUGAGAUUUCUAUUUGUUUCUACCAGUAUCCAUUGUUGUACUUUUUACACUUUUAAUCAAUAAAAUAAGAAGUUUUGGUUCAAAAAAAUUAAAAUCAAAUGUUUCUUAUUCUUUUUAAUAAUCAUCUGCUCUUAGUUUUCAGUGUUACGUGUUAUUACAGUACCGUACCAUGAACCUUUUAAACUUAACAACGAACUUGAAAUAGAUGCAACCGUUUGAAUAUUUUCCUUAUUAGUUUCUUAUUAGAGCGUACUUAAUCAUGCAUGCAAUAAUGGUAUAUAUACUCUGGCACUUGUCGCCACAUACUGAGCAAUUGAAAAAUUAAUAUUAAGAGGAGCAUGAUUGAAUGAGACCCAACCAGCAAAUAAUUAAAUCACCAACACAAGUACAAUGGUUAAAGCAAAAAGGUAUUAUUAGUUGUCCCAUUUACAAAAUUUAAAUAAAGUUACUAGAAAGACUAAUGCCCUAAAUUAAAAAAAAAAGUAUUGAACAUAAAUGAAUAGCCGAAUGUCCAUCCCGAGCUAAAGAAGAAAACAUUAUUACGAGUAAAAAUCAAUAAAAAUAAUUUUAGAAUAAUCUCCGACGAUUUAGUAAUUCAGAAAUUAAAGCAAAAAAUUUUUAGAUAGGAAUAAAUGGAAUGAUUAGCAAACUAAAACAAAUUGAUAAAUUAUUUAAAUAUUUGAUGUACAUUAAACCAUAUUUUAAAAAGAAAAUCUGGGCAAAUUUGAAACUUACGGGCUAAAGAUAAACAAGAUGGAGACACAAAAUAGUUGUAAGUUAAUCAAAAUAAGUUAGUCGCAUUCACGAGAAAACUUAAAACUGACGUAGAAUAAUUUUUGGUAAACUAUAAAAUAAAUCCAAAAAGUAACUAGACCAACGAGAUUGAAUAACAAUUAAUUUUUUUUGUUCAAGUUUUAAUGAUCAAUAGAACAAAUAUCAGUUUAGUUACUGCAGCAGCACAAAAUAACUAAAUAUAAAUUAUAGAUAUACAAAAAUACAAUAAAAUAAAGUGAAGAAUUUAAAUUAAAA